AUGCUAGUUCGGUCCCAGACUUUGCAGCUGUCCUCAUCCACGCCCGGUGCAGCGCACCACAUGUUGAUGUUCACGCCCGAUGCUCCAUGUUCUCUUGGUGACUGGUCACAGCACGGUGGCUCCCAUGGCUCGUCGACGAGUGGAAUGGCCCCAUGCCGGAGACGAGAUCCACAAAUGGGGCGGGUCCCCCUCCUGCUGGUGCUGGUGCUGGUGCUGGUGCUGCUAGAGUGUGAGAGGGGUACGUACCUACCUAGCCGUACCGGAGGGAAGGACACACCAGAAUUGCGACAGACACCCGACAGCCCAGAGACACAUUCCAGCCAGCCAGCACCAAGCAUACCAAGCGUCAGCACAGGCACUGGGACACUUGGGACCGGGGAUUGGGACUGCGACUACGACUGCGACCAGGGGUGUGUUGUGUGUGGAAUCGCGAACUGUGUGGAUGGGGGUGGUCGUGGCGGGUGGGGAGACGACGAUACGUACCGCCAGAAACCUAUCCCAGCAACAAUCCACAAUCCAUAA